AUGUCCUCCGCCGAUACCCCAGACUCCGCCAUCGAGGCCCGUGUCGUAGACAAGUUGAAGACCAUUGCGCCCGCGCCUGAACCAAAAGAUGACUCCAAGGCCGGCGCAUCAUCUGGCCUCGCUCAGCAGCUUCGCGCCUUUGCAGCUGGUGGUUUUGGUGGUCUCUGCGCUGUCGUAGUGGGACAUCCUUUCGAUCUUGUCAAAGUCCGCCUUCAAACCGCUGAGCGAGGUGUUUACUCCUCUGCCAUCGAUGUUGUACGCAAGAGUAUUGCUCGUGAUGGUCUGCGAAGAGGUCUUUACGCUGGCGUAAGCGCGCCUCUUGUCGGUGUUACACCCAUGUUUGCUGUGUCCUUUUGGGGUUACGACCUCGGCAAGCAAAUCGUCCGAGGUGUUAGUGAAGUCCCCGCCGAGGGUCUCACAAUCGCCCAGAUCUCAACCGCCGGCUUCAUCUCCGCCAUUCCCAUGACCGCUAUCACAGCACCCUUCGAGCGCAUCAAGGUCAUCCUCCAAGUCCAGGGCCAGAAGCAGCUUGCUCCCGGCGAGAAGCCCAAGUACAACGGAGGCGUUGACGUCGUCCGCCAGCUCUACAAGGAGGGCGGUAUCCGCAGCGUCUUCCGCGGUAGCGCUGCUACUCUCGCCCGUGACGGCCCCGGUUCAGCUGCCUACUUCGCCGCCUACGAGUACAUCAAGCGAAAGAUGACACCGAUUGAUCCCCUUACUGGAAAGCCCAGCGGUCAACUCAGUCUUAGUGCGAUCACAUGCGCUGGAGCUGCCGCUGGAGUUGCCAUGUGGAUACCUGUCUUCCCCAUCGAUACGGUCAAGUCUCGCCUGCAGACCUCGGAGGGCAACGUCUCCGUUGGCAGCAUCGUUCGUGAACUCUACGGAAAGGGUGGUGUCAAGGCAUUCUUCCCUGGAUUUGGUCCUGCCCUUGCUCGUGCUGUGCCCGCCAACGCUGCUACUUUCCUUGGUGUCGAGCUGGCUCACCAGGCCAUGAACAAGGUCUUCGGCUAG